ACUCAGAUCUCGGAUCUCCGGAGAUCUCUAACGCAGCUCGCGGCGGAAAAUUAGUUCAGUGCUCGGCGGAGAUUUGGACAAUACACUUGUGUGUGCUCGCUUCCAAAUCGAAUUAAAUUAUCCUGAAUCCGAAACUCAAGGAUCUUGACAACUUCACAGUGCGAGUGCGUGUGUUAAGCUAAAUGCAAAAGUAAUCAAAGUCGAAGGCAUUAAAGCGACACGGCUGGAAGUCAAUAAAAAUAAACUACAUAAAAGCAACUUGCGGUGCCGGAAAUAAUGUCAACCACUGCCGAUCCCGUGGCGCUGGGAGUGGGGUUGGGGGCCAGCUCCACCCCUGUGGCGGAUGAGGCUGUGGUGGCCAAAACCUCCACAACGGUGGCUAACGUGAUUGCCAAGACAGUGGCCGUAAUUAGCAAUGCGGUCUCAACUGGCGCCACUUCCUCAUCCACACCCACUUCUCCAACGACCUCCACCACCACCACCACGCCCACUCCAACGCCCACUCCCGUUCAAUCAUUACCCCCCUCCUCGGAGGAUGCCGAGCAGAAACUCAGCGUGAAGGAUUUGAGCCAGGCCCUGCAGCAUUUCGGCAUUGUUGAUUACUUGGUCUUCAUCGCCAUGUUGGCGGUCUGCGCCGUUAUCGGCUUCUAUUUUGGCUUCAUCGAAAAGAAGCAGAAGAAGCACAAGCUGGCCAAAAAGGACGGCGGGGGGGCGGCGGGCGUCGAGGAGAGGCGUGGCUCGGAGGCGUUGGACUACCUGGUGGGCGGACGCCAAAUGAAAGUGUUUCCGGUCGCGCUGUCACUUGUGGCCAGCUUCGUGUCUGGAAUUUCGCUGCUGGGAACCUCGACGGAGAUCUAUGUGUAUGGAACCCAGUACGCCUUCAUCCUGGUGACCCUGGCCAUCUCGGGAGCCAUCUCGUGGUACAUCUUCCUGCCCGUCUUCUGCAAUCUCCAGCUGACUUCCACCUAUGAGUAUUUUGAGAGACGUUUUAGCCGACGAAUGCGUUUAUUUGGAGCUGGCCUAUUUGUUCUGAAGGCGAUAAUAUGGCUUCCCAUUGCUGUCUAUGUCCCAGCAUUAACCUUCAAUCAAGUGUCUGGAAUUGGAAUCCACACCAUCACACCCAUUGUGGUCAUCAUAUGCACAUUCUAUACCUGUGUAGGCGGAAUUAAGGGCGUGGUCUACACGGAUGUCGUUCAGAGCGUUAUUAUGUAUGGAUCCCUGGUUGUGAUUAUGAUUAAGGGAACCUUGGACCUGGGCGGUCUUGGAAAUGUUUGGCGGAUCAAUCAAGAGGGAGGACGCCUCAAUACCCCAGAAUGGACUAUGGAUCCUACAGUUCGUCUGAGUGUUUUCUCUGUGUUUGUCGGUGGAACCUUCUUUAAGCUGCAGAGCACAUCCAUUAAUCAGGCAACGGUUCAGAGAUUCAUGUCUCUGCCCUCCUUGAAGGCCAUCAAACAGACUCUGUUCACCUUCUCCAUUGGACUGAUCCUGCUUUAUAUGGGAUGCAUCUAUGUGGGAUUGGUGUGUUAUGCCACCUAUUACGAUUGCGAUCCCAUGUCUACUGGACUUGCUGGUCGUCGGGAUCAAUUAGUUCCCCUGCUAGUGAUGCGUGUUCUGGGCGUUGUUCCUGGUCUGCCAGGACUUUUUGUGUCGGCUGUUUUCAGUGCCGCCCUGAGCUCUUUAUCCACGCUCCUGAACUCCCUGGCCGCCGUAAUCCUGGAGGAUUUUGUUAAACCGCGAAUGGGAAAAUCAAUGAAGGAGAGCCACGUGGCUCUGACCAUGCGAGUGGUGGUGGUGACCUUCGGCAUUAGCUCCAUUUUCAUGGUCUAUGUGGUGGAGAAACUGGGAAUGGUGCUGCAGCUGUCGGCAACUCUCCAGUCGAGUCUAUAUGGACCAAUGUUGGGCAUUUUCACGGUGGGAAUGCUCAUGCCUUGGGUGGGCGAAAAGUGCGUUUUUGUGGGUAGUAUUUGUUCCUUUGCAACCAUGGCCUGGAUAGCGGUUAAUGCUCAAAUUGCCAAUAUUACCGGUUCCUUCCGACACACCAAAUUGCCCGUUUCGGUGGAGAAUUGUGAAUACGACUUCGAUAUGAGUCGCUACCUAAACUCCACUUCGGAAUACGAGCCUCACCAAGGAUCCUCUAUAUAUCACAUGUCCUUUCUAUUGUACGCCAUGUUGGGAGCCCUGCUCACCAUUACUCUUUCCAACUUAGCCACCUUUGUUUUUGGACGUCAGGAUGUCAAGGAUGUGGAUGAGAGUCUACUGUCUCCAUUUGUUCUGCGCUAUUUGCGAAAGAACAACUACUAUGAAACCGUGGAGCUCAAGAAAGUAGAUGUCUUAAAGCUUAACGAAAGUUCUGAUUAAUGGAAAUUACAUCAGAUGUUUGCUGUUACCAUUUAUUAAGAAGCUUUUCCUAUGCUCAACCAUUUAGUUCCUAUUGAUCUGUGUGAAUACAAUCAUACAUCAACUUAUUUUUUGUUAUGCAUAAUAUUAAUCAUUCAACUGGUAUAAUUCAUCGGUUAAUGUAAUCUAAAGAGGCUUGUAUAUGG